AGAGCACGUGGCUCCGGCGGGCUCUGGUCGCCUUCGGACGUCAUGGCGGGCCCGAUAAGGGGCGCUGGGUCUGGGGCGCUGGACCUGCUCCGGGGCCUGCCGCGUGUCAGCCUCGGCAACUUAAAGCCGAACCCCGGCUCCAGAAAACCGGCGAGAAGACCAAGGGGUCGGAGAAGAGGUAGAAAGUGUGGCAGAGGCCAUAAAGGAGAAAGGCAGAGGGGUACCCGGCCCCGACUGGGCUUUGAGGGAGGCCAGACCCCGUUUUACCUCCGAAUCCCAAAAUACGGGUUUAAUGAAGGACAUAGCUUCAGACGCCAGUACCAGCCCUUGAGUCUCAAUAGAUUGCAGUAUCUUAUUGAUUUGGGUCGAGUUGAUCCUACGCAGCCUAUUGACUUAACCCAGCUUGUCAAUGGCAGGGGUGUGACAAUCCAGCCACUUAAAAGGGAUUACGGUGUCCAGCUUGUAGAGGAGGGGGCUGACACCUUUAAGGCGAAAGUUAAUAUUGAAGUACAGUUGGCUUCAGAACUAGCCAUUGCUGCAAUUGAAAAAAAUGGUGGUGUUGUUACGACAGCUUUCUAUGACCCAAGGAGUCUGGAAAUUUUAUGUAAGCCAGUUCCUUUCUUUUUGCGUGGACAACCCAUUCCAAAACGUAUGCUUCCACCUGAAUCCCUAGUGCCCUAUUAUACUGACGCAAAGAACCGUGGCUAUCUGGCAGAUCCUGGCAAAUUUCCUGAAGCAAGACUUGAGCUUGCCAAGAAGUACGGUUAUGUCUUACCUGAUAUCACCAAAGAUGAGCUCUUCAGGAUGUUAAGCACUCGAAAGGACCCAAGGCAGAUUUUCUUCGGUCUUGCUCCAGGAUGGGUAGUGAAUAUGGCUGAUAAGAAAAUCUUAAAACCCACAGAUGAGCAUCUCCUCAAAUACUACAGCUCAUGAACAACCUUCCAAGAGCAGAGUUGUUAAAGAACACUGUACAAGGGCCUGAAAUACAGGUGUUUCUCAUUAUAUCUUCCUAAUGGGUAAUUCUCCAGAUGUAGAUGUUACUUUUCAGCAUAACUGUGUCUCUUUUUCAUUUUUAUCUGAAUGCAAAAUAAAAAUGCUGUAAACAAAGACUAUGUAGAGAAACUGAAUCUGUGUGGGGUCUAUCUUAAUUAAUUAACAUGCAGACUCCCUGGUGGUCUGCCAAAGGAAGAUUUUAACUGUUUUGACUAUUUCCAGUCAGGUCUUUUCAUCCUGCCUUGUCUUGUUACUGGUACAAAUUGAAACGAGCUUGCAGGUUCCACUGGGAUUGAAGUGUCACCCUGCCCAGCCAAGGCUCCUUAGGAGCCUCUGGGAAACGCUGCCACCCAGUGUCAACUCAGGAGAAUAAGAUCAGGAAUGUGAGUUUAAGGCUUUAGGGCUGGUGAGUAGCUUCUAAGUAAUUCAAAAUUUGCCAGCAAAAUUGAAGGUUAGAGAAACAGAAAUUUCAAGGAAUUCGUUUUCCCAAUUUUGUUGAUUAGAGGGGACAAUAAUGGUUAAGCCGUUAGCAGUUUUUCUUGAAGAAGGUAAGUGUUCUAAUUUUUAUUGAUAUAAUUUCACUUAUGUAAUGGAUUUUGGAGACCUUUGUCUUUCAGUCAUUUCAAGUGAUUUUGAAAAAUUGUUCAAUGAUUAUAUAUAAGCCAUAAAACCAGUUGGUUACAUGAAAAUUAAACUCCGUUAACAUAAAAGAUUCAGCAGUAAGUAAGUUUAUUUAGCUUUUCAAAGAUGUAUUAUAACCAACCGUAUGCAAGCUUAAGUUACCUGGAUGGAAUUCAGGUUUGAUCUUGAAUAAUUCAUGAUAAUUCUAUAGUAUAAAUAAAAUGAUUUCUGGCUGUUUAUUCUCGUAAAAUAAAAUUUUUAAAAACCUAAGAAAGUAAGUUUAUUUAGCUUUUCAAAGAUAUGUUAUAACCAACCAUAUGCAAGCUUAAGUUACCUGGAUGGAAUUUGGGUUUGAUCUUGAAUAAUUCAUGAUAAUACUGUAGUAGAAAUAAAAUGAUUUCUGGCUGUUUA